AUGCCAGUGCAUAGAUUAAAGCUCAUUUUCCUCAUUCCUGAAUACCGAGCGACUUCCUGCUUCUGCUGAUAUAAGCCUGGUGGGACGAGGUGAUUUAGGAUUAGAGGACAGUCUGAGCCGGUGAGUCCUGCAUGAAGCCAGGAGACAGCAGCAUCCAAACUCUGAGUGACUCUGACUCCUGUUUGCUCCUCAGGUGAGAAGGAGCUGCAGAUGUUCAUUUGGUGACACGUCCAUCAGGGAUCGACACAUCUGUGCCACAGCUACAGCGAUCAGCCGCUACCACAGGACGCCAUGGCAGCAGCUGGACCUUUAGCACACGCACCGGAACUCCGAGUUCUGUUGUUUGGGAAGAGCCAGAGUAAAAAGAACGUGCUGUCUAACCUCAUCACGGGAAAAAAAGAGUUUUUUUUCUCAAAAUUCACCCCAAACAACACCAUCGCUAAAGGAGCAUUUCAAAAGACAAACGUAACUGUGGUCAUCACUGCCGACGUCUUCAGUCAGUCAGAGGAAAAAGUGAAGCAUGAGAUGAAGAAGUGCGUGGCUCUUUGCCAUCCUGGACCCAAUGUCCUGCUGCUGAUGGUGAAGUCCAAUGAUUUCAACGAGGACGAUAGACAACGCCUCAUAUUCAUCCAGAGUUUCUUCGGACAUGAAGCCUUGAAGCAUUCCAUAGUGAUCCUUUUGGACAAGGACGAGCAAAAGAACCAAUCCAUUAACAAGCUCAAACAAGACUGUGGAGGAAGGCUGCAGAAAGUCCACCUGGACAGUCAGGAUCUCCUCGAUUUUGAGAUUAAAGAGCUCAUAAACAAGAUGAGAACAAUUGUAAGCAACAACAAACAAAGCCAUCUAAACUUCUCAGAGGGACUUGAACCCUGUAAAACAUCGGUACUCUUUCAACCGCCUCUGAACAUAGUGCUGUGUGGCAGACAUGGAAUUUGGAAGACUUCAGUUGCCGAUGUGAUAAUGAAAAAGAGCAAACUUCCCCAAACCCAUGACACGACACAUGACAAGAGAGAAGCAGAAGUGUCCGGACGUCUGGUGUCUAUCAUCGAGAUGUCUGCCUUGUAUGGGAGCAGCCCUGAAGUCACUAAAAGGAGCACACAAGCCUCUGUAUCUCUCUGGAAUCCUGAAGGUGUCCAUGCCUUCGUCAUGGUCCUACCUGUGAAAAGCCUAAACGAUAAGGACAAGAAGGAGCUGGAGGUUCUCCAGGAAACCUUCAGCUCUCAAGUCAAGGACUUCACCAUUGUUCUUUUUGCUGUAGAGUCAGACCCCACAGAUCCAGAGGUGGUUAGCUUCAUGAAAGAAAACAUAACAAUCCAGGAGCUCUGUCAGAGCUGGGCAGGUCAGUACAUGGUCUUCAACGUCAAGGACAAACAACAGGUUUCUGCUUUACUCCGCCUUGUGGAGAAGAUGACGGCUGUGGGAUCUCAGUCUUUCAGAAAAGAAAUGAUGAUAAAACCACGAACAGGUUCAUCCAAAAAUCCCUGGGUGACAACCACUGAUGGAAAAUCGAAGCUUGAACCUCUGAGGAUAGUGAUGGUUGGGAAGACGGGCUGCGGGAAGAGCGCAACUGCAAACACGAUUUUGAGGAAGAACUGUUUCACCUCCAAGUCUAGCAUGAAAUCUGUGACCACCGUCUGUCAAAAACGUAGUGCUGAGGUCAAUGGGAGGAUGGUCGCUGUGGUCGACACGCCUGGUUUGUAUGACACCAAACUGUCCAACGAUGAAGUGAAGCAGGAGAUGGUGAAGUGCAUCAGCCUGAUGUCUCCUGGACCUCAUGUCUUCCUGCUGGUGGUGCAGAUUGGUCGCUUCACCCAAGAAGAAAGAGACACCGUGGAUCUGAUUAGAGAAUUCUUCGGCAAGAAUUCAGUCCAUUUUAUCAUCCUUGUUUUCACCAGAGGAGAUGAUCUUCAGGAUCAAACGGUUGAGAGCUACAUAGAAGAGGCCAAUGACGACUAUAUGAAUGAGCUGAUUGAAUCCUGCGGAGGACGGUACCACGUUUUCAACAACAAAGAUGGGAAGAACCACAGACAGGUCACUGAACUUCUGAACAAGAUCGACACAAUGGUGAAGAAAAACGGUGCCCAAUGCUACACAACAGACAUGUUCCAGGAGGCUGAGAGAGCCAUCCAAAAGGAGGUGCAGAGGAUCCUCCAGGAAAAGGAGGAGGAGAUGCUGAGAGAGAAGGAGAAGUUGCAAAGAGAGUUUGAGAAAGAAAUCGAAGCAAAGAAAAGAAAAAUUUAUCAAGAAAGAGAAGAGAAAGAGAAAUUGCUCCAAGAAAAGGAAGACUACAUCAAACAACAGGAGGAGAGAAAAAAGAAAGAGGAGGAGGAACGAGAAAAGGAGGAUAAAGAUCAAAAAAUAAAAGAGGAGCAACUGCGGAGAGAAUGGGAGCAAAAAUUUGAAGCUCUGGAGAUUAAACUGAGAUCGGAACUGGAGAAAAAUGCGGUUUCUGACAAGGAUGCGAUGAGGUAUAAGGAAGAGCUGCAACGAGAACGGGAAUCCUGGGAAAGAGAACGUGAACAGUGGUGGCUGAAACGAAAAGAAGAGGAGCAACAGCGACAGGAGCAGGAGAGGGUAAAGCUCCAGAAGCUCAAAGAAGAAUACGACCGAGAAAGAGGCGACUAUGAAACCAAAAGAAAUGAAGAAGACAAAGUCAGAAAGGCACAGGAGGAGAAGGAACUGAGAGAGGCACAAGAAAACUUUACGAAAAAAGUAGAGGAGAUCAAGGAGAGGAAUGAAGAGGAGGCCAGGAAGCAAGCUGAGGAGUUCAACGAGUUCAAGGAGAAAUAUGUCAAAGACUUUGCAGAACUUAUGGCUAAACAUGACAAAGAGAUCGAGGAACUGAAGGAAAGGGAUCAGAGGAAGAACCAGAUCAUUCUGAAAAACCUCAUCAAGGACAAAACAUACAAGAAACAGUACGAGCUCCUGAAGAAACAACAAGAGGAAGAAAAAAGUACCGUUCUCCAAGAAAUACUUCCUCAAAUGGACGAGGAAGCUCGCAAUAAAGCCAUGACUCAGCUUCAGGUUAAACAUGACCAGGAACUGAACGAGUGGAUCGAAGACCAAAUGCAGAAAGCUUCAGACAAGAACUGCAGUAUUCUAUGAGAUGUGUUUAUUUUGCUUCUCUUGCUUGUUUUCAACAAUCAUCAUUUGAUCCUUUAACUCCUGAGCCGCUUUUCUCCUUCAGAAUAUACAAGAAUUAUCAUGUUAACAUAGAACAUAAGCACUGGAGCUCCAGUGUUAAAGGGUUAACAUUACAAAAAAAAAUUAAAUCUGCUUUAUUCUUGUUUUAGAUUUACAAAUGAUUACUUAAAAAUUCAGAAGAAGUAUAAAUUAAUGUCAAAUCUCUUAAACUGUAAUUGAUUUUUUCAAUGCUUGUGUUUUUUUUACUUAAAAAUGUAAUAUGUGGAAAUAUCAAAUGGAUUAAUCUGGUUUAACUGGUUUGGUUUGAUUAUAUCAAUUUUACAUAGAAUGCUUAUUUGUUUUCAUCUGAAAGUUUCUGUCUACAUUUGUAUAAACUGCCUUUAAACAAAUGUUGGAUGUUUUUCAAACUUUCAUAGUCACAAAGAUAAUUCAUAGAAUUUUUUAUGACAUUUUUAUAUAUAUAAUUGUUUUCUUUAAUUUACAGUAAAUGAACUUUAAAGACCUACUCCAAAAAAUUGUGCUUUU